AUGACUUGGGAGGAUCCUGUCACGGUUCAGACGCUGUUGCACAACUUGUUCUCUCUUCUGUCCCUUUAUGGCCUCGAGUCCGCGACUGCAGCGGAGAGUAAGAUUCUCAGACAAGUUUUGUCCAAAAUCCAGGAAGGAUCUUGCUGUAGAAUUUCCGUGCAGGCUCUGGAAGAAGAGUAUGGAGCCAUAUCUGUCAAGGGAGAGGACGAGAGUAUAGUUAGGGAGGCCAUGUUUUCAAAUGCUCUUAUCCGGUGUUUUGAAAACGGCGCGGAAGCUAGCCGCAGGUGGCUACUAUGGAAUACUACUGAGGAUUACUGGCCGUCUCCCUUAGUGUCUUCCCAUACAACUCCAUUGCUCAGUAAACUCCAGGCGCGGAACAUCGACUUAUUUGUUCACGCAGCCAUAGUCUUCCUUUCUCCAUCCUCCACACUCGCAGCCCCCGACACUUUACGUAUCGAUGCAGGAAUUAUCGUUCGCCUGGUACAGUCACGGAUACUCCCGCAGGUGGAUAUUAUGCAGGACCAGGACGCGCAGUCAGCCCGAGCUACUGUGUCGAAGUUGAUUCUUCGUUUGCUCUUGAUAGAGUCAUCGCGGUCGCAGGCCAAGGAUUACAUGUGCGAGUGGACCUUAGAUGCGUUCAUGAGGGUGCUACCGGAGGAGACCCGAAAGCCACUUAUGGCCUUCUGCCUCCCCUGCACAUAUGAUGCUCUAGCGGCUGAAGCAACGCCACUCACUGACGAACAGUUGACGCAAGUCCUGAACGACAUAUCGCGCGCGUACCCGCAGUUGUUCUUCAAGCCAGUCAUCCUUUGCGCGGCGUCGUCCAAGGACACGACCGUCAUCAAACAGUUACGUAUAUGCACUGCCUUGACGGGCUUUGUUGCCGACUUCUUCACUCGAGACUCGGAAAUGAUGUCUGUGGCUCUCUUGUCCGACCCGGGAGGAAAGUCGGCGGUUGCCGCCCCGAAACCGACCUCUCGCCUAGGACAGUUGGUCAUUUUGCUGGAGCUCAUAUCCUCGAUUCGACAUGCGUCGCACAACCGAGACCAGAUAUCUAGCAUUGACCCUAGCUACUCGACUCUCCCAAAGUUCAUCUUUGGUCUUGAUGCACAACUAGGUGUCUUACUGGAAGCCAAGGUGAACAUACUUUAUGCUAAGUAUUAUAGCGCGGCUUGGUUGCCUCGCGUUAUGUCUUGGGCGUUGGAGAUGUACGGCGAAGACGAACUCAAAUCGGACUCCGAGCGAAGCCAAGCCGAAUUCGACGAUACGGUUAAGCGUGUUCAAGAUCUGUAUCACGGGCUGAACAAUGAUUCUACCAUGAACCAUAAGCGUCGGAGUGCGCUCGUCCUAUCCCCCAGUUUCGACUGGACGAAUACGCCUGGCGAAGAAUCUGGCAUACGAUCGGGGCCGAAUAAAAGCAUCGAGAAUUUGGAAGUUAUCCUGUCAAAUAGCGCGGAGUCGUCGACUUUGAGACUGUUGGUCGCGGUAUCAGGUUUGCUGAGGACUGACGAUUUCAGCCGUCUGAGCGCAGUGAUCUGGAAGCGCUGUCUCGAUAAUAGUGACAGUAAGGUCAUCGCUCCGGCUUGCUUUUUAGCCAUGCAAUGCGCAGAGAAGCUAGAAGAUAACUUCCUCUCUUUAGUCCGAGAUGAUCUGCAUAGUACUGACGCUUCGAAGAAAGCUUCCGCCGUCCGCAAGCUUAGCAAUUUGGCCAGUUGGCGGUUCCAGUUGCUUACGCAGGACCAUAUCCUUGAUACGAAUCACCGUCGCGCAUUCAAACUGACCAGGCCGCCUCUGCUUUUCGUUGCUACCGACAUGGGCACAAGCCUCUUCGUGCACAAUGAAGAUUCCACGGAGUACAUCGAUAGCCAGGGGAAUGUCUUACCAGCAGAACUGAGGAAGCGACUUGCAGAGAUUGGCUGGUCUCAAGACGAAAAACCUGUGGAUGAGAAGAUGUUGUUGAAGAAGACGCCCAUAUCUGUCCUGCCGAACAGCUACAUGGAUCAGUCCGUUUCGACUUCUGAGUCGCUAAUCUCCGCACCGUCUUCUCCUAACGUUACGCCCGAGGCAUCACCCAAGAAGCUGUCCCCGUCUAGAAGCGACGAGCGGCUUGGUAAGAGGCCUAACAGUGCGCGGAACGUUAAACGGCGACCUGUCUUCGUCCAUGCUCUAGUUUCUGUCUUCCCUGAUGUGGCUCUCCUGACAUUCGAUCCCGACAUUACCGUGUCGAGCAUGGCACGGACAUUUAUUGCUGAUCUUAUGAGAGAUGAUCCCGCUCUGCUUUGUCGACCUGUUUUCGACUCGCUGGCAGGAGAUGAGCGGGAUCUCGCUCGGGCAGUGCGGACACUGCGCACUUUCGCUCACGUGCGGAAAGACCUCCCGCCGUCCUUAACUCACCAUGUUUUCAACCAUCUGGCUGGGUUCUUAAAGUACUGUUCUCGGCUCGAAGAAGAUAGCAGACCUCUACUGGCUUUUGCUCAGGUCCUCCCUAUCAUGUCGAAACUGGCCUCACAAGUUAGCGAAAUAUCUAUUCGGGAGAUACGUCGAGCUAAGGUAGAGAUCUUCCUGAUUCCUUCCGGAGCCUUAUGGUUUCCUUCGACAUCUCCAGACGGCCCUAUGUUCCCUAGGCAACUUUCGAAAACUAGCAAUCCCUUCCACUCUCUUCCUCCUGAUCUGGUCUGGAUGACGAUGAUCCGCAUAUCUCAGAACCUACUAUUCCUUGAUAUGUUGAAGCAGAAUCCUCAAGAUGUCCAAAUUGUACGGAAGCGGUUAGCGCGACUGGUCCUGCCGUCGCGAGAUGGUAGUGUGGAUUCCCCAAAACUGGAACUCAUGGAUCUAGUUCCUCGCAAACCAGACGGCUACCGCUCCUCGCCUAUUUCAUUCACUGAUCUUAAUGCAGCCCUCAUCGGAUUAUCUUUGAUACUGUCUCGCAGUUAUCUCUUACUUGUCAGGCAAAUAUUUUCCUCGAUGUCACGGCACUUGAAUGAUCGAAACGAACUAUCGGUAUACCUAGAUGGUCUGAAUCGUAUUCUGCUGGCGCACGGCAACGACGUAGGAAUAGUCAGCCAGGCCAUGAUAGCCCUCUUGACUGCUACUACUCGAUUCCAGCGCUUGUUCCAAUCAGGAAGCGGAUAUACCCUAUUUAUGCCAGUUGUCGUCAAGGUAUACACCGAAUCUGAGAAUCACUCCGGUAUCCGAGGGUCCAUUGAAUACGCUGUCAAUCGCUUCUACGCGUUACACGGAUACGCCUUCAUAUUCCAGAGUAUGAGUAUUCUCGCCCACAUCAUCGCUUGCCCUGGCAUCGACGCACAGUGGGUGGCCAAGGGCAUCUAUUCUCUGUUUGCCACGUUGAAGAGUGGCGUCCUGCCCACCGACCCUGAAUCAAUCGGUCUGCAUAAGGUUAGCAGGAAGCAGGAGAGAGAAGCUCUGAUAGUGAACACGGCUGAAGAGAAGCCACAAACUUUCUUAGCUUCGCUUCGACGGGCCGCUGGCCCCACAGGCGAAGCAAUAACUAUCGACUUGCCCGAGGAAUAUGAAGGGAAACGUUUCGAAUUGCGCGAUUUCGCGUUGUUCUUCAUCAACUUCAUUGCAGAACAAGACGCGACGCUGCUACGAGCCGAGUUAUUCCUGCACUUCUUAUGCCUGCUGACUCCGUCCCUCUAUCAUGGCUCUAAUUCGGCUCGCACGGCCCUUCGAGAUGGAACAGAACACAUCGGCGCUAUACUCUUGACUCGAGCUCCGGGAAAGGCGAAGAUUCCUGACGCCACACUCCUAAAUCCCUCUCUUCCUGGCAGUGUCGAGGUGUAUUCUCAUGACUCUCAUUUUGAGAAUCAUUUGAUGUCCAAAUCGACAUCGCCUAGCAAUCUCCAAGCCAUGAGACUCGAGUAUCUGUCGUUGGUCGUCGCCCUGACUAAAGUAGGGGGUAAACUUAGUUCCGCGGCGCAUCUACGCGUUGCUGAACUGCUUGGAGCAAUAGUCAAGGAUUCUGGCAGAGAUGUCAACGGACAAGUCGCGAUAUUCCUGAAAGACUAUGCGAACUCUGUGCUGCUGCGGCCAACUCCUCAGGCUGUGAGCGCCAAAGAAAUCACCUCGUUUUUGAUAGGCCUCCUACCGUUCGUUCGAGAUAACGCUCGCGCCAUUGACUGCUCGGGCCUAUUGGAUGUUCUGUGUGAACUUGUGCGAGACAAGGAAUUGGUUCAAGACGCCCUAUUUCCUCGUGUAGUGAGAGAAUAUUGCACGGCGGUCCUUCGACUUUGUGAAGGGGCCGCGGAAGAGAACUCCAUACUUGAACUCUCCCUUCGCUCUCGCGUCGUCCUACUUCUUACUCGCUCCGUCUCGCUCGCGAAAUUCGAUGCUGUGGCAGAAGUCGUCCAAUGCAGGGCGACACCGGGCUUUCUGGCGGGGAUUGUCCUGCCUUUGACUUUAUCAAUCGGCACGGACGUAAAGGUCACGCCCACUGGGACUCCCGAUGAUGCAUGGCAACAUCGAAGCCAGACAACCGCGUGGAUACGCUUGUUGUCAUACAUAUUAUCGAUAUGUGAUGGCACCCAUAAAAUAUCUGAAUUGCGGAGAUCCUCAUCUAUGAAUGGACCGGAACGAUCAAAAUCCCAAGACGGCCGUCGACAUUCGGACCCCAGUCGUCCAGCGAUUCUUGCUUUGGCUCUGCAGACGUUAAAGGUCAUCAUCUCAAGGGUGGAAAACGAGCUAUCCGCAUCUAUUCCAGGUAUCUGGCUACGAAUUGCGACUACUGUGAGGACGCUGCUUUCAGAGGGGGAUGCAAGGUUUGCUGUGACUCCCACUGAUGAAAAUUUAACCCCCAGUCCAUCACAAUCGCCCCUGUCGAGUUCGUUUCUGUCCUCUCCUUCAGUGGAUCCUUUCGGGUCGUCUUCAGGACUUUACAGGCAAGGUUCUGGGUCCUCCCGGAUCCUGAGGCCACCCCGACUCGUGGACUACCUUCUAUGGUCAUUCCUUUGGUGGCUACACCUUCAACGUGGUCCUCUCCUUCUACAGUUAAGACUCUUUGUGCACGAGAAGAUGUAUGCACUGGAUCAGAGUCUACGUUCAGAAGAGGAUACUAGCCACUCUGGCUGGUCGAGUACGAGCGAUCAUCGACGUUCCUCCGUGUUCAUCAAACCUCGCGGACGCGUUUUUAGCUCCAUUCAUUCAGCCACUUCUUCUCCAGAAGCGUCCCCGAGACUGGGACCUACGUCGCUACCAAGCGGGGACUCCUUGACAAUGCCUACGAGGGAACGAAAGCCUGGCUAUCGUCUCUCAAGUAGUCCUUCGGCUGAGAGCCGUGGGUCUUCCAGUCUGAAGAUCGUGCACCUGGGUCCCGUUCGUCGCUCGAUCGCGAUUAAUUUGGAACGUUCCUUUGCCCACGAGUCCGGAGGUCCCGACCCGAAUCCCUCUCGAUUGCUCUCGAAUGCUGGAGUUAUGAAGCUGCCAUCUUUGGUGAAGGAGACGUACUUGCGGGUACGCAUGGUGCAGCAGUACAUGGGCUAUGGUCUGCUAGUUCCGUUUCCCACCGGGAGAGAAGGGGAGGAAUACGACAGUAUUCCGGUGAACCACAGAUCUCAGAUCCUGAGGAGGUUGGUGGAAGAGAGUAAGGAGUUGUUAGAGGAUCUAUGUUCGCAAGAACGCGAGGGGGAUGAUGAUAUUGUCAUGGUCAAUAUAGACGACGCCUCAAGCUGA